AUGGUGUCACCACGAAUCCUUCAUCCCAAUGUACAGAUAAGCGAUAUCACUCGACAGUUUCGCGAUGCGGCCUCACGGUUACAACCCGGGAGACUCAUUAAAGAUGAGCACUUCACAUUAUUCGAGGCCGUCAGCGCCUUGGAGAUUGGAGAUCCCAAGAUGGACAGCGGAGUCCUCGGCUCCGACCAUGACCUCGAAGGAGAUCUUGAUAUCUCAACGAGCGCGUCCGCCGAGGAAACGAUAUGGCUGAUGGAUGAACUGAUGUGUCGUGAGGUCGCAUGGCAUAUGGGUUACCCUCUAUCACAGACUCUCUUUACAUCGGUGCAUCUUGAAAGACUGUUGUGGCCAGAGCCGAAGCAACUCUCCGAAGCUCGAUUUGACCGCGUCGAGUCAUCUAAACCACGCCCUCCAUCACUCAUUUCGGAUAUUUUCCAACCGUUUUGCAUUGGUCUAGUCAAGUGCUGUGAUCUUGUUCUGUCGACAAUCACGAAUACGCACUACUACGAAGAGGAAGACUUUGCAACACAGAUCUACAACAGGCCGCUACUGCAUGAUUUUCCUGUUUCAGAAGUGUCUACACUGCUCCAAAAAGCACGCAUGUGGCUUCAAGCCAGCAGUUUACCGCCAAAGCUGAGUGACGCUUUGAAAGCCCGAUUAGAUCUACGAUAUGCUCUUCUAGGCCUGUUUGAGUCCCCCUCAAAUAGCGCAGGGAAUAUAACGGAGCGUCUGGUGGGAAGUAUUGCCACCAUCGAACAGAUUGAAUCGUCGGCAGCACUUGGUCGCCCAACCAGCAAUGAAGCAUUUACACUGAAAAUCCAACGAAAACUGGCGAGUAAUGUACCACCUCGUCCAAUGAUUGCCAUCGAAAGACGUAAAGCGUUCGUCUUCCUGCGACAGCUGAUUACUGAUACGCUCAUGGCUCUUCAACUGCUCAACAUUACCUCCAGUGACGAUUUGCUGGUUGUAUAUCAGACAUUCAUGGCGCAAAACCCGCAGCCCGCUGUCUAUGUCCGAGCUCUCCUCCAGACAUUCCUGACCUACAACCAUGCCGUGUUAGGCAAAUUCGCCGUCAGGGAUUUCAUAUGGCAAGACAUCCAAUCUCUGGUCCGACCUACUGUGUCACCGCUCGACCGUAGUACCGAGUUGGGCUCAACGACAGCCGUUUCACAAUCUCAACUGUAUUCACAAUUGGAUCACUUUAUCAGUCGAUGCAGCCAGUCAUUUCUCGACCUAUUCCGAACGUUUUGCCUGAAUCGGUGCCGGGUAAGACGGACGUUAUGCCAUGCUGUCCUAGAGUGGGAUCAGCUUCAGGCUGAUGCCGAGGAGAUCGACAUCCUUGCACAGUCUGUGUGCCAGGAAAAGCCAGUGUCAUAUCCGCCUGGGGAGGAAAUUACUUUCUCAUAUUCUCUCAGCAGUUGGGUAUAUCAUCAUAAGCUCGUGCAACUUCGAACCAUUGUCCACAUGGGGUUCGAGCUGUCGAUCUACGCUCCACACGAACUUGCCGGCAUGUGUUGGUACCUCUCCUUCCUCUCAAGCACUCACCUUUCACAUCUAGAGCGAAUCGGCUUCUUCGUCUCUUCGCAGCAGCAUUCGCAGCCCUCGUCUCCAGAUGGCGCUCGAGCAACCCUGCGGAAACUGUAUAGGCAAUUCACAUGGCUGAAGGCCACCGAGGCUCUAGCCAAGGCUUUGCAUUGUCUGCUCGUCGUCCUUCAACGACAUGGUCAGUUGGCAAAUCCAAAGCCGGCCUACGCAUCGCAUCGUCUGAGAUACGAAUUGAGGAUGCGACCAUUCAUGCACUUAUCCGUCCCCGAGCCGAUAAGUGUUGGAGUGGCUCAAGAAUUGUCGUCCCUGCAGAAAAAUUCUGACCAAGCCAUACUCCAGCAGGCGUCUCAGCUGAGCCAAAUAGCAAGAAAGGCAUGGGAAGAAGUCCUGAAGGAGAAAUGGAGGCUAUCGGCCACCCAGGAGGCUGGAGACUCCACGCAAACACACUCCGAAACCAUGCAGUAUUCCACGGUGGAAAGAGAAUGGACACGGGAUGUGCAAAGCUCCAUGCGAGCCAGCAUCGGCGCCAGCAUUGCCAUCAGCACCCUGACGAAAGCUUUGCAAGAAAGCCGGAUCAAUGCCGUGAAAGCAGAGAUACCGCCGAUCGGCCAUCGAGAUCGGUGGCAUUCGUCAUGGCCGGUGCCAAAAAUCUCGAUAUAG